GUCAAAUGUCUUUAAUUUCGAUUUCUCAGGUAGAUGAGAUUGAGGAUCAAGCAGCUGAUGAUAUUGAGCUUAAUUAUCGAGACAGCUUCUGCUUCCUUCAAUCAAGCUUCAGAUUCGUUUUUCGCCGAGAUUGGUUCAAAUAUUCAGCUUCUGCUUCAGAUUCGUCCUACAGCUAUGUUCAUUCAAACUUCAAAAUCCAGGGUAAUCUCAAUUUGAUAACACAAGCAUUGGAAGCAGUUGGUUGUCGGGUGGAGGUGAUACCAGAUCCAACAACUGUUCAUUUCCAUCUACCGAACCACCUCCUUGUUCGAGUGCACAGAGAGUAUGACAAAUUCAUUGAAGAACUUACGAGUUAUUUUCCCCAUGAAAAGGACGGUAUCCUCAAAUUCUAUGGUGAAUGCUGGAAGAUUUUCAAUGCCUUGAAUUCAUUGGAGUUGAAGUCGCUAGAGGAGCCACUCUACCUUUUUGGACAGUUUUUUCAGAAGCCACUUGAAUGCUUGACAAUAGCCUAUUAUUUGCUUCAAAAUGCUGGAGCCAUAGCCCGGAAGUAUAUUCAGGAUCCACAAUUGUUGUCUUUCAUAGACGCAGAGUGUUUUAUAGUGAGCACGGUCAACGCUUUGCAGACUGCAAUGAUCAAUGCUAGCAUGUUACAUGGUGGAUGGAUUGUUAAGACUGGACAAGUCUUCAAUUCUUGGGAUCGUUGGAAGGGACCACCUGAAAGGAAUGAAACGUGAUUGGGAGGAGAAGACUGGAAUACCUCAAAAUAGUUUCUUGAAUUUUCGUUCUGAUUAAGAUACAUUUUUUUGGAUCGUAAUACUUGGUUUCUACUUGCACCAUAUACUUUAUUUUUGGUGCACACUACCUGCCUUAACUAUAAUCUGUCUUUGUUAUUAUUUUUAACAUGUAUUGCCAAUUUAAGUGGAUUGGCUAUGAGAGAUAUGAGACUAUUAUUAAUCAAGAAAAUUUAAUUAUUCACUCUUGACAGUUCAUUACUAUUUAGGAAAAUAAUGUCACAUAAAA